CAGCAGACGACAGUGUGCGCGCGCGCCUCUUGGUGUAAGGACGGCAGGCGCACCUCCGCGGAGUUUCUUGGCAAGAUGUCUACCCAUUGCUAGAACAUGUGCCCAAACGACAACCCCGCCGGGCGACCGCCCCACCUUCCACAGAGGUUGGACUCGCUGUUUGACAAUGAGGCAGGCAGUGACGUGACUUUCCUGGUGGGUCCGGAGCCGGAGACCUGGAGGUUCCCAGGACAUCGGGGUAUCCUAUCGGAGGCCAACCCUGUGUUCCGGGCCAUGCUGCAGGGACCACUGGCUGACCAUGGGCCGACCGUGGCUAUUCAGGAUGUGGAUGGCAAGGCCUUUGACCUGCUUCUCAGGUUUCUCUACAGAGAAGACGUGGUGCUAGGUUCGAUCCCCACAGCUCUGGCCACAUUGUACGCGGCACACAAGUACCUGUGCGCAGGACUGGUGCGUUCCUGCGUUCUGUACCUCAACAGCCACCUGAGUACGCAGAACGUCCUGCAGGUGUACCAACACAUCAGAGUGUACUGCAGUCAUGAGACGAGAGAUCUCGGCUUGUGGAUAGCUUCUGCGCCUCCUCUACCCCCACACGAGGCCCCGUCGUCGUACCAGGUAGGGGUAGACAAGGACCCCAAUGACAACUUGGACACUAUGGGCUGCUUGUGCUCCUCCUUACUACACAAUUGUCUGCACUACAUCGACUCACAUGCUGACCAGGUGCUUGCGGACGAGAGUGUGGAGGAUCUAACAGCAGACGCCCUGAGAGACAUCGCCCUACGAGACAGUCUCAACAUCUCAGACGAGAUCGUGUUGUUCAACGCUCUGGAACGAUGGUGUAAUCGAGAGUGCAAACGCGGACAGUUGCAGCUCACAGCGGAAAACCGAAGAAGCGUUCUCGGUUACGACCUUCUCUUUGCUCCUCGCUACCGACUGAUGACGUCACAUCAGUUCCUCAGUGGGCCCAUGCAGUCCGGCCUGCUGGACCAGACUGAGUCCAACGUACUAAUGGCGUACAUCCUCAACGCCCCGACCAAACCGUCGGCACCCUCCAUCUCACCCGAGACUCUGGAGAGGUUGAAUACCUCGCGACGGAAGCCCUACUCGUCACCUAUCAACCUCACCUCUAAAAGCAAAAAGGAUAAGAGGGACAGUUCAAAAAAGAGUGACAAGAAAAAGAAACCAAAGUGCAAAGACAAAGUCAAAGAGAAGGCACUGGAAUCUCCAAGUAAAAAGUGCUCGGGUUCGUGUUUUGUCGAGUACUUAUUUCGUGCGCUUGUGUGUAUCUUCGAUUGAAGUCCUGUAAAUCUGAUAGUCAUUAGGGUUAAAAAUUCAAAUUUUGUUCAUUCAAGUUGAGAAUUUGUUUUGAAAUCAGUUUCAAGAAAAUGUACAGAACCCACUGUAAAAGUUCCUUUUUUACUAGAUUUUUGAACCAAACUUUUUAGUCACUAGAUUGUAGAGUUUGAAAUGUUUUUAGGUGAAUUUUUGAUAGGUGAAAAUCUUCUUAGGGCCUUAUAUAAGUUUAUAAUGGUUGCUUUUAUCGAAUUUUUCAGGUCAGCUUUGCUGAUACUUGUAAAAAUUGAUAUUCUAACAAUUUUCAAAUUUUAAUGCUAAUGUAUAAAAUGUAUGUAACGCAGUAGGUAUUUAUCAAAAUGUUGCUGUGCCAUGUGCUAAUUAGCUUAGUAGAUGUAGUUUAGUCUUUAGAGCGCUUUUUGUGAUAUCUAAAUUAAUCAAUCCCCAAAAGAAGUGGUUCAAAGUCAAUAUUCAUGCUCUGAAUUUGGAAUUGAUGACAAGAAUUGAGAUUUUCUAGACCCUGUACUCUUUGAUCUACUUAUUUUAAAAAAAAGGCAAGAUAAAAUAUUUUUAUCGGUAAUAUUAAUCUACAAAUUCCUUAUCCUAUAUAUAUCAUUUCCCCCUACCAUAGCACUCAUAUUUAAGUUUUUUUGUGCAUAUAAACUUAACCAUAUAUAAGUCUGAUAUUGUAAAUAACAUGUAUACAGUGUAGUACAUUCUAUAGCUAAGUUUCAGAACAGAUCAGUUACCAAAUCCAAAAGAUCGAAGUAACAUGAUUAUACUUUGGUGGAUAAGGAUGUUGUUGGGCAAAGUAUUGCAAAGUGUGAAAAUGUUCCUUUUGCCAAACAAAAGUUGGUUAACUGCACAUAAAAAUUGCAGCAUUUAAGACAAGUUUUGCAAACUGAAGAACUCUUUCACACUCUGUUUUGCAUUGAUUAGACUAAGUGUUGGAAAGUGUAUAGAUCGUUAAAUUUUUAAGUCUAGGCAAAAGAAUUUCUUACAAUGAUAAGGUAAUUAUGUUAUUUUGUCUUACUGUUGUGUGUUAAAUUGUUUAUAACACUUUAAAAGUGAAUUGUUGAACUUUAGCUCCUACAGAGUUAUUUUAUUUUAACCAAAGGAGCAGGGGAUUGUUGGAGGGAAGUGGAUCAAAUUUUAACAAAAUCAGAGAAAUGAAGGUUGUUUUAACACUUUUUACGGAUCUCUUUGUAACACACUACUAUUCCUAAUUUAUGUUCCUUUUAUAGUUAUUUUGUGACAGUUUAUCAAAAUUUAAAGAUAGUGAAAGAUUAAUUUAUAACAUAGGUCAAUUUUCUUGAUAAGGCGUUUAAAGUAUUAAAUUAAUUCAUCCUCUGUUGUUUUUUUUUUCAAUCAUUGUUAUUUGUUGAUUUAGUUCAGGUAAUUGAAAAUGGAACUUCAUAUUAAACUCAUUAAGAAGAUACCAAAAAAUUGUGAUGAGUUAAAAUUAUCAUUGUUCAUGUCAAAUUCGCUUUGAUUAGGCUACACAUAGUGUUUUUGUAUACACCAUUAAUUUUAUACAGUUUUUGAGUUUUAGACCAAAAUAAUGAAAUCAUUUAGCUUUAGUGUAAUUUUAUUUUUCAGCACUUUAACUUUUAAAAAACUAAAUUAUAAAAAAGUUGAUUUUACAAUUUAUUUUUAAGAUUAUUCUAGUCAUAUAAAUAUGUGUGGUAAAUUAUCGUUUUAUGCUUUGAUGCAUUUUUUGUUGAAUGUGAUCAAGUAUAGUGACUUAUUGUUAUAUUUUAUAUAUUUGUUAGUUUAAUACUA